UUCAUUCGGAUUUUUCGUUUUGAGUUGUUCACUCGUACACAGCUGCGCUUAUAUAAUUUAAAUAAACUUAUUAUUGCAAAUAUUGAUAUAAAUAUAUUAAAAUAAAUGGUGAAAAUGAGUAAUCAAAAAGAUAAUUCCAAUCAAAAUGGAGAUUAUAAUGAUGAGGAAAUCAAUGAGCCUGAAUGUUUAAGAAAAUUAUUUAUUGGUGGGCUAGAUUAUCGCACAACUGAUGAUGGCCUGAAAUCUCAUUUUGAGAAAUGGGGUAAAAUAGUUGAUGUAGUGGUAAUGAAAGAUCCACGGACUAAGCGAUCACGUGGUUUUGGAUUCAUUACUUAUUCACGGUCUACCAUGGUUGAUGACGCUCAAAAUGCUCGCCCUCAUAAAAUUGAUGGGCGCGUGGUAGAACCAAAACGUGCUGUGCCACGUCAAGAUAUUGAUAAUCCACAUGCGGGUGCUACGGUUAAAAAAUUAUUUGUUGGUGGACUCAAGGACGAACACGAUGAUCAAUGUCUUCGUGAUUAUUUUGGACAAUAUGGCAAAAUUACAGAUGUAAAUAUUGUUAUUGAUAAAGAGACUGGCAAAAAGCGCGGUUUUGCUUUUAUUGAGUACGAUGACUAUGACCCAGUUGAUAAAAUUGUGUUGCAAAAAACUCACAAUAUUAAGGGCAAAGCACUAGACGUGAAGAAGGCCCUACCCAAGCAGGAUAUGAACCGUCAACAAGGGGGUGGCAGCGGCGGUGGCGGUGGUCGUGGUGGCAACAUGGGCCGCGGUGGGAAUAUGGGUGGAGGAAUGAUGGGAAACCAAAAUAGUUGGGGUGGUAACAGCAGAGGCAAUGAUAAUUGGGGUGGAAAUAAUGGCUUUGGUGGAGGUUUCAAUAAUAGUGGUGGUGGAGGUAGUGGUUGGAACAGCAACAAUGUUGGUCCAUGGGAUAAUGGCAAUAAUGGAGGUAACUGGAAUAAUGGUCCUGGAAACUUCGGUGGUCAGGGCAACAAUGGGCCUGCUAACAAUGGCAACUGGGGUAACGAUUUCGGUGAUGGCUAUCAGCAGGGCUACAGCGGUGGCCCUCAACGCGGAAACUAUGGUGGCAAUAAUCGCAUGCAGCCCUAUAACCAAGGGAAUUUCGGCAACAAAAUGGGCAAUCAAGGCGGUAGUUUUGGUAAUCAGGGUAACUUUGGUGGUCCAAAUGCAAUGGGCGGCGGGGGCGGCAACAGGAGAUACUGAGGUCGUAAAAUUGAGCCAGGUCACAUUCGAACUCAGAUUCAAGCAAGCAAUCCAAAAGUUACAGAUAAGAAAACUUAAACAGCCACGAAAGCAGCAGAAUUACAGUUUCAGUUCAAAAUAAAAAGUCAGAAAAAUUAAAGCAGAAAGUGAUGAGAGAUUCCCAGGAACUAUUUGAAGAGCAGGUGGUCAAGAGGAAGAGAAAGGAUGUGGCGAUGAUGAAAAUAUAAGCAACAGUUACAAUAUGCAUACUUAUACACAGAUACUAAGAAGUUAAUCAUGUGUAGGCAUUUUACCACGUCAGCAAAAUAAGUACCUAUCGUACGUAGUUUUAAAGGUGAAAAUUUUAAAGAGGAUUGCAAAAAGACGAGUAUUAAAUAUUUUAACAAAAAUUUAAAACAAACCCCCACACACAUUUGAACCAAACAGAUAUUUUGAUGAAGAGGAUGAACAAAAUAGAAAGUGAAAUCAUAACAGGAAAAAUACAACUUUAAAAUUAAUAGUACUUCACACUUUCCUGGAUUGAACUGUAGCAGAAAGUAUUUUUGACAAAAAAAAAACGGCUUUAGCGAUACAUAUUUUUUUUAUUUCAAAAUGUUUCAGUCCUGUGCGGUAAAAUUUAAAAAUAUUUGUGAAGUGUUAAAAUAUGAUGAAUCAAAUCCUUGAAAUCAUGUCAUGCGCAUAUGUCCCUCGAUUCUCAUCAAGUGGUUUAAUGUUUUAGAUUUUCUGUAAAAUAAUUCUAAUAAGUUUUUAGAAUAAGUUUAGUUUUAUUGUAUUUAUUGUCAAAUAUCUGUCAAUCCCGUAAGGUUGGAUUUGAUGUCAGAAUGUCUAUAAGGAAAAUUGUCUUACAAAUCAACCAGUUGGAAUUUUAAAAAUAGAUUAUAUGCAGUCACAGUAACCAAAAAAAAAAAAAAUAUCAAUGAUGGACAGGAUGUUGGAAUUUCAUUUCUAACCCUUGAGAUUUAGUUAAUUUUUAUCAUUAAAAAUUUACCUGAUACUGAUAAUCUAUGUCUUAAACACUUCAAUUAAGUUUUCGCUGGAAUCAUUUUUUUUACUAAAGAAUACAAUCCUUCAUAAUUGUAAAUUUAUACAUAUAGAUAAAUAUAUACUUUACACAUUUCAAAGUAGA